AAAUGCCAGGGUUCGAGAAAAUCGCCGCCGGUGAGGAGAGAAGUCCAAGCAAGCUUGCAAGACCUAACACGACGUCUCAAGACCCAGAAAAGAGAAAUUCGAAUUGCUCUAAAAACUCCAACGACAAGAUCUUGAGUUCCAAGAAAGACGAAUCAGUAAAACUAAAGAGCCAAAAACUGAACAACUUACCGGAAAGCUCAAGGAAAAUAGCUUGGCUCGGCGCAAGAACUGAAAGAUCUUUGAAAGGUCCAAGUGUGAAAGAAUCUGACGUGAUCUCGGCCAAAGGAAGUCUGAAAGCCCUGGAAAAAAUGAAAAAUCGAUGCGAAAGAGACCGAAAGAGAGCAUGGUGGUAUAAAAG